GUUGUGUUCGCUCCGCUAACUUGGGUGUGGUGUUUAGUUGUACUGAAUUCUCGUACUACGUACUCAUAUCGGCAGUACACUUUCCAACUUCGCUUCGCACUGAUUUCCUGAAUCGUGAGUCAAAAAGUGGCACGCAUUGUGCGUUUGUGUGGAGUGUUAGUUUUCACCGUAGCGUAGGUGAAGGGGACUCGUGAAUUGUGCCGUGAAAAUCGAUGGAUUUGGAAUUUUAGAGGCGAAGCCAUUGAAAAGUUCGUGGAAGUUGUAAUCCUUACUGGUUGAUUCUCAGCCUCUGGUUUCCCGUCCGGAUUCUGUGGAUUUGACUCCUGAACCGGCCCUUUUGGCCGUUAUGGACGACGCAGACCAGCCCAUUUUUAUUUGCUUUUUUCUCUCCCAAGGGUAGAAAAACUAAUCCCACAGGGUGUUGUUAAUUCGUCUGAUGUAAUAAGUUCCCCCUUUUCACCGGGAUUUGGAUCUUUUUCCUGGUGAUACCACUCUUCAAGAUUUUUCAAUCAUGACCGUUCCGGAAGAGAUGGCUGCGGAAGCGGCGAUUAGAAAAACGGAGCGCGAAACUCUUCGUGGUGUCAUACAACAAUGGAAUGCCAAUCGCCUGGACCUCUUCGAACUCUCAGAGCCCAACGAGGACCUGGAGUUCCAUGGGGUAAUGAGGUUCUACUUCCAAGAUAGUGGUCAAAAAGUGGCUACCAAAUGUAUAAGGGUAGCCUCGGAUGCGACAAGCCAAGCAGUAAUAGAAACUUUAAUCGAAAAAUUUCGGCCAGAUAUGCGAAUGUUAUCCGUCCCAGAAUAUGCACUUUAUGAAAUUCAUGAAAAUGGAGAGGAACGAAAGUUGGGCUUGGAGGAAAAACCUUUGUUGGUGCAACUAAAUUGGCAUGUGGACGACCGCGAGGGUCGAUUUUUACUCCGGAGGAUCGACGACAAAACAAAUGCUCAAGGAGUCGGUUUCGGCGAUGGCACGAGCUUUAGGCGGAAACUGAGCAAACGCGAAAUGAAACAAAUAAAGAAACAGGAAAAGCUCAGUCGACUCAAAAGUGCCACUGAACAGGACGAAAACACCGUUCCUGUCGAUCAAAAUGGAGUUGCCGAAAAACUUUAUAAUGAAUUGCCGGAAACGAGUUUCACUCGCAGUAUUUCGAAUCCCGAAGCGGUAAUGAGACGUCGUCGCCAGCAAAAGCUGGAAAGAAAAUUACAACAGUUCCGAAGUAAAGACGGUGGCCCCGAUACCGGAGGUACCUUGAAGAUUUAUGGGGAAGCACUUUGCAAGGACGUGCCUUACAAGACUUUGCUCCUAAGUGUCAGGGAUUCGGCAGUUCAGGUAGUCAGGGAAAUGCUAUCCAAGUACAAUGUCCAGGACGAUCCUCAGCAGUAUUGUCUCGUUCAGGUGAAUGGAGAGUACGCGAGUAGCAAUUCACAACAGGAGUACAUUCUUGAUGACGAUGAGUGCCCUUUGGCGAUCUUGAUGAAUCAUCCUUCAACACGUGGUUCUAUUAUGUUCCACGUGAGGAGAAGGCCGGCAGAUUAUGUUCCUCGGAAGAGGAAGAAGAAACCAUCCGGAAAAUGGAACGAGUUUGACCACCGAUAUGAAGAUGAGAGGCUGCCCUUCUUUUUGGAAUUAAAUCCCGAUGGGACAGACAUCGCAAGUGGUGCUGGGGUCCGACAUCGAUUGAAGCCAAAUCACGUGACCGAUGUUGGGUCCAAUAUACCCAUCGACCCAAAUGCCCCCACCCAGAGCAUAAUCCUCACCGGACCAACGGUGAUGCCUAAACACUGCAUUAUUGCCUACAAUGACAACACAGUUACCUUAACUCCUUCCUCCAGGGAUGCCCACACAUAUGUCAACAAUCAGAUGAUACACCACACCACAAUUCUUCAGAAUGGUGCUAUCGUUAAAUUCGGAAGGAUGCACACCUUUAGGUUUAUCGAUCCCAUCCCCGAGGAUCGGAUUAGGCAGAGGCACGAUUCUAACAGACAAUUGGAUUACGCUUAUGACAGAAGAUCACCAGACGCAACGAGCCAGGAAGUGAGUUCUGAAAAGUACAGAUCCGGUUCUGGGACACCAAACGGUGGCCCAGGAUCGAAUCCACCAAGUCCUACCAAGUCAGCUGCUACGAGUCCCAGGAGUCCCACGCACAAUGCUCACUCUCUGGAAACCACGCACAAUUACGAAACCACUUUCGAUCUCGACGGGAACGUGGAAACCGCUAGUCUCACUAGCAGUAGAGAUGGAAACAGACUGUCUCAGCACGAUCGCCAACCGAGAGGUAAUGAUCCAAUUUUACCAGCGGUUCUGGAAUUCCUCGAACAAUCUGAGGACACAUUCCUUCAUGCAGUCAUCACCGACGUGGAACCUAACUCUCCGCAGUUUAAACUUGCACCUACCUACACCCUUUAUCUCGCUGCCAGAUAUCGAGCAAGUACUCAUUACAGGCCUGAACUUCAACCCACUGAAAGGGCACACAGGCUCACUGCGAUGCUCGAACGAGUCGCCACAAUGAUUCAACAGGUUAUACAGGACCGAUACAUGAACGCUUUGUCGCUAGCUCUUUGGCUCGCGAACGGCUCCGAGCUUCUUCACAUGCUGAAAAGCGACCGCCACAUCACUUCCUUUUCCAUCAGAGCGCAAGAAAUUCUCGGCGAGGCAGUUCAUUUUGCGUUUGCCUCUCUGGUACGCUGCGUCUCCCUGGAGCUGGCACCAGCCAUGGUUCAGUUCAUGGCAGACGCAGACGAGCCAGCCAAGGAAGCCGGAGUCCUGCAGACCUUCCACAACACCAUGGAUCUCCUGAGGCGCUGCCGAGUCAACGCUGCCCUCACAAUUCAACUCUUCAGCCACCUCUUCCAUACGAUUAAUGCCACGGCCUUCAACGCCCUCGUGUCAAACGGAAACCUCUGUGUCAGAUGGUUCGGCCGAAGGCUCAAAGCGAGACUCAAUGCUCUGGAAACCUGGGCGGAGCGACAAGGUCUCGAAUUGGCCAGUCAGUGUCAUCUUGCCACUAUCAUGCAAGCCACUCAUCUUCUUCAGGCACCGAAAUAUAAUGCCGCUGAACUCGCAACUUUGAGCUCCACUUGCUUCAAACUGAAUUCGCUCCAGGUGAGGGCGCUGCUGCAGAGAUACCAGCCGGCUCCUGAUGAACCAAGAUUGCCAGCUGAGCUCAUCGAAAACGUUGUGAAGGUGACAGAGGGUGUAGCAGACACUUUGGCGCGUGCAGAUGGUCGAGAAAUACGUUUGGAGGAAGAGACAACUUUAGCGCUCGCUUUAUUAUUACCUGAGGAUGGUUACAGCUGCGAGAUAAUCAGAGGCGUCCCUCCCGGUUUGGCAGAAUUUCUAGCGCCUCUUCAGCGAGAUGGUCUUUGUCGAAUGGCGCCACAACCAACCAGCAGUGGAUUUUGGACUAUCUACAUGAUCGACCAUCAUAACAACUUCCGGAGUCCAAGUGCAAUGAGCAACAGAUCGGGCGGAUAUCCGCAUAUUGGCCAGAGUCAAGGACAACCUGAGGUCCAGGUCAUCAAGCUUCAUAAAUCUUCGAACGGAAUGGGACUCAGCAUAGUUGCUGCGAAGGGCGCUGGACAAGACAGAUUAGGAAUUUAUAUCAAGAGCGUCGUUCCUGGAGGUGCAGCUGAUACUGACGGUAGAUUGACUGCAGGAGACCAAUUGUUGAAAGUCGACGGACAAAGUUUAGUUGGAAUUACACAAGAAAAAGCUGCUGAAUAUCUCGUGCGAACGGGACCUAUAGUAACGCUCGAAGUUGCUAAACAGGGUGCCAUAUAUCACGGAUUGGCCACUUUGCUCUCUCAGCCCUCUCCUGUCAUGACCAGAGAGCAUAAUAAGGCACGGCCAAAAUCGGAACACUUAGAGCCUUCCAGACUGGCGGAUAAAGCUUCUCAACCUUCGACGUCUCACUCGAUGGGCAAUUUAUUGUCUGUUCCGAAACAGAUUGGAUACCAAGAGCGCUUGGUCGAUUGGGACGUAGAUCGUGUGCAACCAGGUGCGACCCAUCUUCAAGUAUCUCAGUCGCAGUACCCAAAUCUCUAUCAUCAAACAACUCCCACCUAUCACAAUUCUUCCUACCACAAUCCGAACAUAGCUUUUCCACGAACCAUGUCUAAUCUCGUCCAUCAGAGCUCGAACAGCUCUGGCCUCGCGAUCUACCCAAUCAAUGAAUCGCCACUCGGCGAGGAUUACCAUCUCCGACCAAGAACUUACUGGACCAAACGACCAAUCCCUGUUAUACAAGAGCCGAAUCAAAUGUUCCUAUCUAUUCCGAGCCACUGCGAACCAUAUCCCCUCUAUCCUUCGAGAAGCAGCAGAGUCGAGAGUAGUUCUGCCAAUCCGCAAUACGGUUACUAUACUGAUGAUAAGACUGAAUUAAUUUUCCCCACGAGAAACCGUUCCGCUAGUUUUGAUUCUUUUGAUGAUGAUGAGGAGGAGGAGGAGGAGGAGGAGGAGGAAAUAGAAGUUUUUAACGAGACUAUUCCCUUUAUCGAUGAUGACAAACCCGAGAGAGAUCAAGCGACUCAAACUCAGAAAUUUAGUCCGCCUGAGCCGACAGAUUUGAGUUCUAGAGGUCCUAACUCGUUUGCGAAUUGCGCUAAAGUGAUCAAAGGAAAAGAAGAGUCACUUGCUCUGAAAUAUAUUGACAUAUCGAAAAAGGAUCCUUGUUCUUGUCGCCUUUCGGAAAAUGAAACCCAAAAGGAUAACGAAGAUACGUUAGUGAUUUCGACACCAAAGAUGCACACAAUAAUGCCUGAGCUGAAUCUCGAUUUGAGUGGAUUGAAUAGCGAGCUUUCGAGCGAUGAUUCCAACACGGAAAAGUGCUGGAAAUCGCCGGAGGAAGUUCGUCUCGGCUGUGGAAGAGUUGCGGCUUUAGCGAAACAUUUUUCUAAACUUGGAGAAGCGGGUCUAAUCAAAUUCAAGUCUAUGAAACUCAAUGGCUCGCGGCAAUUUAUGUCCGAGCCAGACAUAGCAUCUCCGAGAAGUCCGGAGGAAAGAAAGCACAAAAGGAAAGUUAGAAAGGAGUUUAGAUCCGAAAGCGAUUUGUCUAAAUUGGAGGAAAGUUUUGCACCUCCCGAAAAAGAGUGGAGCAUGAUUUUACUUGAUAUUCAAGCGGGCAACGAUGUACAUUUUUCGCCUGAUUUGAUUUCUAGAGAUGAAACUGAUGAAGAGAUGGUUGUAGAGUGCGAAGAAAAUAACUUGAAAUCAAAGCUUUCAUUGAAAGAACAGCAGGAGAUAAUUGAACAGUUGAAAGAGUUUUCGAAUCUCGAUAAUGCAGAUGCUCCUCUUUUUAUUCCGGAAGAUAAAAUUUGCAACAGGAGGAACUCCAACUCUGAUAAAGAAACAAUGACUAAUCUGGAAAAUCCAAAAUACACGGUUGUUGGGACAAUGAGACUUGAAAAUUUUCGGAAAAACUCUUUGCCUUCGAUUCUCAGCACUUUGAAUAUUUCCCCAGGUGUUGAGAUGACGAAUAAGAUUAAUAGAUUGGAAAAAUACUGGUCAUUGAAAGAUUUAAUGGCAGGGGAUCUAGAAUCGAAUAAUAGUGUUCAGAAUUCACCAAAGUAUUUUAUUUUCCCAACUUCCUCUCGUGUAGUAUCGGCUCCCGAAAUUUCCAAAGACGACAUCAAUGUUUUUCAGUUUCAAACUGUAAAUUCUGUAAAUCCUGAGGGUGGAAAUUUGACCAUCCAUAGUACUAUUUCCAUCAGUGAAGAGGAGUCAAAAAACGAGCAUUCGGACUCGGAAUCUGAAUCGGGAAAGGCGCGGAAAGUUAGUUUCAAUAUUGAAAGUACACAGAGAAAAUUUCCGUUUUCGUUUGUACGAACGAGAAAAUUGUCAAAGAGUCAUGAAGAACUUUCCAAGAGGAAAAUUGGACCGAGUUUAGCGAAAAGGCCGAUCUGUAAAUCUUUGGAAAAAUUAGCUGAUUCUAGAUUGUCAGUAAAGUCGAAGAGUUCCUUGGGUCCGAGACCUGAGAGAAAUUCUUUUAUAGGAACUCAUGCGGCGAUCAAAUCUGUGCUGCAGAAUGCUUGUAAGAGUGAUUAUGAUUCACCGAAUGAUGAGGGCAAAAAGGAUUUGGUUAUUGGGAAAAAAACGAAAAGCGAUUUAAACGUUUCGAAAAGAAAACCAACGCCGAGAUUUGAAAGGGGAGACUGGAUCUUUCGAGAAUUUCCACCGCUGGAAAAUCUCUCCGAAACGCGACCCAGACGCAUGAGUGAACGUGAUUUACCGUCACGUCUAGGACACGAUCCGCAUCCCCAACAAAUCCAUAGCAGCAAGUCUGUCCCAGCCCUGCAUAAUGUAGGAACAGAGGGAAAACAGCAACAUGAAGUUUUCGGUCCUGGAUAUAGCAGAGCGUCUUCCAGUAAUAGCGUUACUCCACCCGUUCAACCUCCACCCAUGCCGGCCAUGAAUGGUGCUACUUCUUUACGAUCACGGUCGAGUCACAAUCUCCAUGAUCCAAUGAGAGCUAGCGCUUUACCGCCCUCGGGCCUUGUUGCCAGACAACAGUCCUCUCCCAAUUUAAAUCCAAAUCAAAUGCACCCUCAAAACAAUCUUCAAGGAAAUGAGGCUGAAAGAUUUUACCAAAAUUUGAGUGUUUACCGAACUCAAGACCCUACAAUGAAACAACAACCGAGUCCUCCACAGCCUUUGGAUGAGAGAAAUUCCCUGCACGCCCAGAAGAGUCUGAGAGGUUCUCAAAGUUCCCUAAACCGACCAGCCGUCGAUAUAAAUCAAGGAAGGGACAGACCAAUAUCCGCCUAUAUUCCGCAAGGCCAACAACAAGCCUACGGUGUCAAUCAAAUGCAGCAUCAGGGACCACCGCCAAGAUCUCAGUCCUCCAGGGACAUAAUAAGACAGGAAGCGAAACUCCAGGAAAUGCAGGAAGAAGUCCGAAGACGCGAAUUGCGAGGAGGGCCUCCAAUCACGAACCAGUAUCGGCCGAGCGCUUACAAUGUGCGACCAAUGACAUCAGCACAAGCUGCGAACUCCAUUCGCCAGUCUCGACCUGCCGGAUCCACUCCGAAUCUGGGACCAACUUCCCCGACCUACAGUGCUCGACAAUUGCCUCCAGGUUACGGAUACACCGAGCCACAAUAUAACCAGAACCAGUUUGUCAAGCAGCUCCCUAACCAGUAUGGUAUGAUUCCAAAGGGGAAGAGUGAAAUGACGCGAGGACAAGGUGACUCGAGGGAAUUCGUCCAGGAUCCGCCAAGACAGGAUCCGCCAAGACAGGAUCUGCCAAGACAGGAUCUGCCAAGACAGGAUCUGCCAAGACAGGAUCUGCCAAGACAGGAUCCUAACAGGCAUUUUAUGGAACAGAGGCAGUAUGGACAUCCACAGAAUGGAGGACCUUACUCGAAUGGACCAACAGAGUUGAGAAAUGAUCAGUAUUCUGGCGAGGGAGGGAGAAUCCAGAAUGGAGGCGAGGGUGCUAAUUUGGGAACUGAAAUUCUACCUUCCAGGCCAAUGCUUCCGGAAGAUAGUUACCGGGAAAGUCCUCCACCUCCUCCGCCGAAUACUUCGACUCAUCCCUUGUACAGCAAGCAACCUGAUGAACAAGCAAGAAGGAGAGAAGCAGCAAGACAGUGGCGAGACCAGCAAAUCGCCGAAUUGAGUUCCCUGCCUCACCGAACAGCCCAACAAGAGGAGCAACUGAGGGCCUUGCAACUGGAAAGAGAUUUCCAAAAACGAGCCGAGGAAGCUGCGAAUCAACAAGACGACGACGAGGAGAGUAAUGACAUCGACAAUGAGAGUGUUCAAAGGAUCCAGGGUCUUCUGCGAACAGCCGCAGCUCAGGACCGCACGAAUCAGGCAAAUCAGCAGCAAAAUCUGUCCCGAACAAAUGCGAAUAAUCAGUCUAUCAGAGGCGCCCUCUCUCCUCAACCUGUGGCAAGUCAAAUUCAGUCCACAAAUGUUCCUCUGCAAACCGCAAUCACUGUCCAGGGUCUUGCCAAUUCUGGAAACACUUAUGGCAGUCAGAACGAAACUUUAAGCGUUCAUAAUCAGAACCAGAAUUUGAAUUUGAAUUUGAAUUUAAAUAAUCAAGCUCUGUCUCCAAGUUACGGGCCGGCUCUGGGUCAGCUUGGAACUAGUCAAAAACCGGGUGUCAUUGCUAAUCCGAAUGAUGAGAGGGAGAGGCAGCAGAGGAUAGAAGAAAUGAAGAGAAGACAGUUGGAGUUUGAUGAGAGUCAUCGGAAGAGGGAGGAGGAAAUUAGGCAGCAGCAGCAGCAAUUGCAGAUGCAUCAGCAGCAGAUGCAUCUGUUUCAUCAGCAACAGGCAAAUUUGAGAAGGGAACAAGGGCUUCAUCCUGGAAUGCUGAGGCUGGAAAAUCUCGUCAUCAAUGGUCCGAAUUCUCCUUCAUCGCAAAACGGAGCUAACGAAGCUCCUCCACCUCCGGAAAGAGGAUCAAGCUACGCAGUGAUGUCCCAGCAAAGUGCUUUGAGAUCGAACACUUCGACAACUUCUAACACUCCCAUUGGUUCUCAUCAAACGACAACGAAACGGGUUUCUUUCCACGAUCCAAAUGAAAACACGGAAACCACGACACGAAACACAACCGGAACUACGAGCAAUUCUUCGAUAACGAUGGAUACUAUUCGAGAGGAUCCAAAUGUAAGUUUAAAAUCAUCAUAA